CACCGUUCACCCUGCUCCCCCAAAAUUGCACUCCUGCUCCCCCAUUGCGUCUUGAAACUCAGGCGCUACUAUGUCCAUUCUCUAUUCUUCGUUUUUGUAUCCCAACAACGCUAAAUUCCAUUUCCCCAAGUACAAAUCCUACCUUUCGCCUCCAAAACCUCUGUUCAUAACAUGCGCAAGGAGGACCAAAAGAGUCGGAAAAUUGAGGUAUCCCUCGGAGAAAAAGAAGCUAAAGCUUCAGCAUAAGACUGAGCUUGACCUGGAAAAAAAGUUUGAAGGGAUUUGGAGGCUUUCCAAUCUUGGCGUCUCCGCUCUUUCAGACCCGGGCAAAGAUUUUAUCUACAUUUCCGAUGCUUUGCUUCAAGAAAUAGCCAAAGUUCUUGAAUUCCCUGUUGCUUCCAUGUUGCCUCCGGAAGCAUUCACUGUUGUUAGAAAAUCUUUUGAUGCCCGGAAGUUACAGAAGGAACCAAAAUUCAUAUACACUGUAGACAUGGACGUCAGCAAACUUCUAAGUAUAGAACCUCGUACAUGGGACUUCAUCUCUGAGUUGGAGCCCAGAGCUGGGCUUUUGGAGCAUAUUCUUGACAGCAGAGUUUCUGAAGAUAUAAUGGGGAUAGUACACUCUUGCAGGUUGCCCAAUAUUAGAAAACCAAAAAUUGGUGUCGUCGGAAGUGGACCGGCUGGCUUGUUUGCUUCCCUGGUGCUUGCCGAGUUUGGUGCGGAUGUCACUUUACUUGAAAGAGGGGAAGCGGUUGAGAAGAGGGGACGUGAUAUUGGUGCUCUAGUAGUUCGAAGGAUGUUAGAAGAAGAAAGCAAUUUUUGCUUUGGGGAGGGUGGUGCAGGUACUUGGAGUGACGGGAAGCUAGUUACUAGAAUUGGUAGAAACAGUAGUUCUGUUUUAGCAGUUUUGAAGACAUUAGUUCGAUUUGGAGCUCCAAAGAAAAUAUUGGUUGAUGGAAAGCCUCAUCUUGGAACUGAUAAAUUGGUUCCGCUACUUCAAAAUUUUCGUCGUCACCUUCAAGAACUGGGUGUUACAAUCAAGUUUGGAACAAGGGUUGAUGAUCUACUUGUAGAGAAUGGAUUCGUGGUGGGAGUGAAGGUCUCUAAUUCGAUAGACAAACAAAAGUUGGUUUAUGAUGCAGUGGUUUUAGCAGUUGGCCAUUCUGCUCGUGAUACAUAUGAAAUGCUUCUUUCCCACAAUGUGAACCUUAGUCAAAAAGAUUUUUCCAUUGGAUUACGUGUGGAGCACCCCCAAGAGUUAAUAAAUGCUAUACAGUAUUCUGAAUUAGCUGAAGAGGUUAAUAAUGGACGUGGGAGAGUUCCAGUUGCUGAUUACAAGGUCACAGAUUAUUUGAAUACGAACAGAUUGCAAUCUCCUUCACCAAUCGGGCGUAAUUGUUACUCAUUUUGUAUGUGUCCUGGUGGCCAGGUUGUUCUAACCAGUACAAAGCCUUCAGAACUAUGUAUCAACGGGAUGUCAUUUUCUAGAAGAUCAUCUAAGUGGGCAAAUGCUGCACUCGUCGUCACUGUUUCGCCAAAUGAUUUUUCAGCUUUAGGUUUAUAUGGUCCCCUUGCUGGAGUUCAGUUUCAGAGAACAUUUGAACAGAAGGCUGCUCUCAUGGGCGGGGGGGAUUUUGUCGUACCUGUUCAAAGAGUGACUGAUUUUCUUGGCAACAAAUCAUCAGUAGCAUCACUACCAUCAUCAAGUUAUCGUUUGGGAGUAAAAGCAGCAAAUCUCCAUGAAUUAUUCCCAAGCCAUAUCACUGAAGCUUUGCAAAAGUCAAUUUUGAUGUUUGACAAAGAGUUACCAGGAUUUAUUUCCAGCAGUGCCCUUCUUCAUGGGGUUGAGACCAGAACUAGCUCUCCUAUUCAAAUCUCCCGGACAACAAAUACUUUUGAAUGUAUGUCUUUGAGAGGGCUGUAUCCUGUGGGGGAGGGAGCGGGCUAUGCAGGCGGGAUAGUGAGUGCUGCUGUUGAUGGUAUGCAAGCUGGUUUCUCUUUGGCAAAGAGUUUAGGUCUCUAUGAGGGCAACCUAGACACCAUUUUUGGAAAGGGACAAAGUGUUGGAGUUGCAAAGUACUGAAAACCAUGGAGGAUCUCUAAAUUGAAGUCAAGACUAGUUCAAGACUUUUGUAUGAGGAAGUGUCAGGUAUUUAUCAACUUGCCUCGACCAUUGGUUGUAACCUUUGUCGCUGUAAUGGAAAUUA